AUGGCAGUACCACUGACCCCACUCAAGGCCUUCAAGUGCAGCUACGAUGAUUGCUUUCACUCUUUCGACACGGAUGGCGAGCUGAAAGCUCACCUCAAGGACAAGAAAAUUCAUCCCUACUAUUGUGGCAAGGAUCCUGGCUACGAAAGAAUCCAAAGAGGCUUUGUGAAGUGUGACUUCCAUGGCAAGACCUUGGACGAGCUUAUUGCACACAAAGUUGAGACCAUGCUACCGUGGAUCGUCGGUGAGCGCAUGUCUGAGAAACCGAAGAAGCUGAACCACAUCGUCUGUGAGUUCUGUGGUGAAAGCUUUGGAAGUCUCGCUGGCAGGGAAGUUCAUCGCAAGAGGAUGCAUCAAGCCGAUCAGCACGUAAUCUGCAAAGGCUAUCUCGUCGUUCGCGACGAGGAAGGUAAUGACCAUCGCGAAGGAUGCGGUUCCAUCUUCGGCCGCGCCAGUCAGCUCAUCAGCCACAUCGAGGGAGGGUUCUGUGCAUACAUCAAGCCUAUGGCACUCAGACAAGAUCGCGAGCACAAGCGUAUGGUCAAGCUGAUCUUGGAUGACCCCGAAGGCUUCAAGAGAAACAUGAGGGGUAUAUCCGACGCCACAAUUCAGCCAACUCCCAGGGAGGUCGACGAUAUGAGCGGUGGCGUUGGUAUCGACCUGCUCAGCCAGACCGACCACAGCCAAAUCAGUGGCCAGCCACCUCUGAGCCCGCAGUUGUCCUCCACUGCCAGCCACUCCGAAGUCGAAUGGCCGGAGUUGCUCAGCUCUGAUAUCAGUCACCUAACCAAGUCGAUCACAAAUGUCUCACCCAACUCAACCAAUAAGAGCGAGUCAUCGUUUGGAUGUAUCGAGGGCGACAGUAAAGACACUGUCAGUGUUUCUAGCAACGCCCCAACCACAUGCAGUGAUGAUGAAGAAGACGACACAGCCCCCGCUAUGCCAGUCAGAGCAUGGUCCACNCCCAACGUCACCCAAAAGCUCUUUGGGCACUCCAAGGCAAAGGUCAUCGCCAAUUGGGAUGCCAUUAACGCUGCUCAUCAACGCAACAAGGAAGAGGACGAGGAUAACAACAUCUUUGUUUCACACUUCUGGGACCCUACCCACACCGACUUCAAACCUGACUUCUUCCACUGCCCAGACGUUACCAACGACAAGGCUCCAUCCUACCAAUGUCCUUUUGAGAGCUGCAAGAGACGGUUCUUCAAUCCUCAAGAGAUUGGCAACCACAUGCGCGAGUCACACGCUGCACAGCGUAACCUGUGCCCAGUGUGUCUGAAGGAUUUCCAGAAGCUUAGUUCACUUGUCGCCCACUUCGAAGCGAGCUCUCAAGGAGCAAAGUGUGAUGUCGCUCGUCGCUCGGGAUAUAGCGCAGUGCUCUUCGAGCUGACCGGAGGACUCAUCCAGGCCUGCAAAACGUUGGAAGAGCCCGUUUCUGGCUACAAGCUGCAGCCUGGCAGUGGUCAUACUCGCGGCGCACAAAGAUCUGAGGUUAAAGACAACCAGUGGGGAUCUGCAGAAAAUGGCGUCAAGGACUACGAUUACAGAGCCAACUCGCCUACCCGUGUCCGUAUCUGGAGAUAUUAA